AUGUUCUCAUCUUCAUCCAGACACUCUUUGCUGUCACCCUGGACGUCCAUGGAGCAGUCGGACUCCGAAGCGCUGGACAUCAGCACCAAGGUGCAGCUGCACGGCGUGCUGUGGAAGAGACCCUUCGGACGGCCGUCGGCCAAGUGGUCCCGCAGAUUCUUCAUCAUCAAAGACAGCUUCUUGCUCUACUACGCAGAGAGCGAGAAGAGGAGCUUCGAGAGCAACAGGUACUUCAACAUCCAUCCCAAGGGAGUCAUUCCUCUGGGAGGAUGCGUGGUGUCAGCCAACGAGGACAUGGGGAUGCCUUUUGCCAUUGUGGUCAACCUUGAAGAUUUUACAGGUACCAUCGUCUUGGCUGCUGAGUCUGAGGAGGAACAGGUCCAGUGGAUAGAGAUGCUCCAGGAAUCAGGGAAAGUCACGUGGAAGAACUCGCAACUCGGGGAGGCCAUGAUCGAGAGCCUGGAGGCUCAGGGACUGCAGCUGGCCAAGGAGAAACAAGAAUACCUGGAUAAACUUAUGGAAGAGACAGAGGAGUUAAGUCACCAAAGAGCACAGAAGGAGGAGCUGGAGCGUCUCACCCAGGUCCUGGAAGAGGAGAAGAGGAAGUUUGAGGAGGUGGUUCUGGAGCUGAAGGCGGAGCAGGAGCAGAUCAAACUAGACCUCGAUGACACAACUCAGUCUCUGAAAAGUGUUGACCGGGAAAAAGAAGAGCUGAGUUGCUUAACAGACACGCUUCAGAAGUCCAUAGAGGAGCUCUCCCAGGAGAAACAGCAGAGACUUCUGAUGCUGGGGGUGAAAGGUCAGGAGGAGAAGGAGGCGGACCGACAGAGUUCGGGGUCGGCGUGCGAGGAGGACACCGUGGACGGAGAGGCGGUCCGAGACCCGGAGGUGCUGCAGGACCUGCGGCACAUCGAGGAGCAGAUGAAGAUCCUGCUGAAGGAGAAGGAGCAGGCCGACGAGAAGCUGAAUGAGAACGAGCAGCGCUCCAAGCUGCUGCAGCAGGAGAAGGAGUACUUCUCCACCCAGGCCCAGACGCUGCAGCAGUCGCUCUCUCAGCUCACGGCGGACAAGCAGCAGACCGAGGCCGAGCUCAAGGCGGAGAUCCAGUCGCGCAUGGAGCUGGAGCAGAGGCUGAAGCAGGCGGAGGAGGCCCUGCAGGACCUGGAGAAGGGCCUGAACUCGCUGGAGCGGACCAAUGAGAGAGACGAGAAGAUGAAGGGGGACGUGACGCAGCUGAGAAAGUUCUUCGAGGAGUGCAUCUGUGCAGCGGAGAUCGAGGCGAAGCUGCCGGCCAUCAUGAAGAACGCCGUUUACCUGCACAAAGCCGCUGCGCGCAGGAUCAAGAGCUGCCGCGUCCAGAGGAGAGCCUCCAGACGCCACUGGUUGAAACACUCCAAGUCGUUUGCUGUGGCCGGUUCGGAAGACGGCAUGGAGGAACUGCGGGCGACGGCUCGGCGGCUCACCUCUGACAGCAGCUUCAGGGAGAGCGUGUACGAGAUCGUCGUUCGCAAGGAAGCCGCAAACACCAUGAUAGACUGAGCGGAUAAAAGAA